AUGCAGAGGCUCCUGGACAAACAGGUACAUAAACAUUCUCCUGACGGCGCGAGUGGGGAUGGCGGUCAAGAGGAGGGAGAGACACAUGCUCCACAUUCUGGCUCCCUUGUUCCCAGGGUGCCUGCCAAGCACUACAAGGAGAAGGAGCUGCGGGCGCUGUCCCAGUAGCCGGCCUAGUUGAAUGCGGAGCUGGGCAUGCAGGGGACAAAGAAGGGCAGCGUGGCCAAGUGGCGGCUGGUGAAGCUGGUGGUCAACUUCCUCUUCUACUUCUGGAUGUAUGAGGCUGAGCCCCUCGGAGCCCUGCUGCUGGAGCCCUGCAGAGUCACUCAGGAAGAGCCCCGUGGCUUCUCCAUCAGGAUCCUUGGGCCACCUUCACAGGCUGUGGAGGACCCAGAGAGGAAGUACCACUUUGAGCACUGCAGCCAGGACAAGUGUGAGCAGUGGACAGAAGCACUGUGGCGGGCCAGCUACAAGUACAUACAGAAAAGUCUCAUCUUCUACAGGAGUGAGAUACAGAAGAUGACAGGCAAGGACCUCCUGGAGCAGUUCAGCAUAUCCCAGGAGAUGAGGUUCCAGAUGAGCAGCUUGCAGAGAGAUGGGCAGUAA